CUCGGCGGCCCUGAAUGGGGGAAGCGGAAAUGAUCCCCCAAGAAACACCCCCCUGGCUAGCAUGUGACUGCUCUCUGGACUCUUGACCAGCCCCUGCCCCCCUGUUGUAGGGGGUGGAUUGAGGGUGUGGCUAUUCUCCAGGCUCUAGGAAGCCAGGUGUAAAUUACAGCAGGCUCAAGGCUGCUCUACCUUACACUAGGAAGUGGGGGGGGGGUAAGAAUAUGGAAAGUGCAGAGGGGACUUAAAGCCUCAUCUGUCUCCGCCCCAUUCCUGCCCCACAGCUGAGAACCAGACCAUGUAUGUACAGUGGAGAUCAUGGGAGAGACUCCCCUCAUCCAAGAUGAGGCUCUAUCCCAGCAUGUCAGGGAUCAGCUGCCUCAACCAGAUAAAGGAGGGAGGGUACAGUUCCCCCCAUGUGUCUUCCCCUACAGCAGUGAGAUCUGGCUUAAGCCGCAGCCUGCGUGGACCAUUCAGUCCCGUGACCUGCCACCAAGAUGCAUCUGCAGUGAGCUGUGGCUCUGCGCAGUCUGCCUUCGAGACCCUAAGGCCUGCAGACAACGAGAUGAAAAGAAGCCCGAAAACAGAGGCCCGCGGCUCCUUGAAAACAUUCCCUGCCAUUGCGGAGCUGGAACUGGGGGACUUGAUUGAGAUCUUCCGCUUCGGAUACCAGCACUGGGUCAUCUAUGUGGGAGACGGCUACGUUGUUCACCUGGCCCCCCCCCAGUAAGGCAGUGAGAUACCCGGGGCGGGCUUUGCCAGCCUGAUGUCCACACUGACCAACAAGGCCCUGGUGAAGAAAGAGCGUCUCCUGGAUGUGGUGGGGAGGCACCGCUAUCGGGUCAACAACAAGCAUGACAGGAAGUUCCCCCCGCUGCCGCCGGGGAAGAUCGUGCGGGCCGCCGAGCAGCUGGUGGGCCAGGAGAUGCUUUACAAAGUCACCAGUGAGAACUGCGAGCACUUCGUCACUGAGCUGAGAUAUGGCGUGGCCAGGAGUGACCAGGUGCGGGACGUCCUGGUGGGGGUGAGCGUCGCUGGGCUGGGGCUGGCUGCUCUGGGCCUCCUUGGGGUUGCAGUCCAAAGGAGAAGACGCCAGAACCAGUAACGGACUUGAGUGGAUCGGAGGGGUUUGGGGUUUUUUUGGUGUUUUUUUUGAUCCAAGCAGAAGAGACUUUGCAGCCGUUUUGGGGGUGUGGUGGGAACUUCGUAUGUGUUGCUCUGUCCCCUCUUUUGGGUGAACACCUUCCCCACCCCCCCCCCGCCGGCACCAGCACAAGAAUAAAACCA